UCAUUUCGUAUUUGGAAAACCAGAAACACAGAUAGCUCGUUACCGCAAGCAGAUGGGAUGACUAAACAAAAGAGCAGCGUUCGAUUCCCGUGGUGCUGAGAGGCCCUUGCGGGCCAGCUAUCCUUCUUGUGAUCUACACUGAGUACAGGCGCUUUGUUCAGGUUUGUUGUCGAUUAGGUUCCAACAUAAUUUCCUUUACUUGAGGGUCACAUUUCUAAACGCACAACUAUAUGUGCCAAAAAAGUUGGUGGUCAUCUCGGGCGACACUUGCCUCUUCAAGGCAACGGAGACAAAACUUAUUUACGGUUUUCAAGUAGGGAUAUCCCAGUGUAGUGGUACUGGUCCCACGUUUUUCCAUCUGUUCAACCUGUGUGCCACCCGAUCCAGAUUUGCUGACAUGACAUCUAUGCGCGAAUCAGACAAGACUCUCAUUAAGCUAAAAAUGAUUUACUGCGUCGCAGAUCUCCUUUCAUAGUGAGUAACUAAAUAUACAAAACGUUUCAUGUAGAAUCACCACAAGACAGCAGGAUACAACGGCCUCCACGUGGGAUAAAGUGAAAUAGUACACUUUAAAGGGCGGGUAGCUGGUACUGCUGAACGACAGUGCACAGAGAAAGAUCGACACGCUUGCGCUAGGCGGCAAGUAGCGGGCACGAGAACAUAGUACAAUGUACCUAAUCUGUGUGGCGAUUACACCUGUGUCGAAUCGAAUGGACGUCCCGAUUCCUCAGAAGAAACACCUACUAGAAACUGAGCCGUCGUGUCAGGUUUCAUUUGUUUUACGAUCAAGCCCUCAUAGUUUACUCUUAUGACUACGGAAGGGUCGCCAAAAACAAUUAUAUUUCCCGAAAGACACAGGGAUGCGGGCACGCAUGUACAAGCGUGGUCUGUUAAGCGGCCGCAUGCCGAUGCCGGCCGGGGUUGUCCAGUGCCCGAGCAAAAUUAUGGUAUCACCAUGAGUAGUAUCCUCUUUUUCUGGCAGAUUUGAACGCAGAGUCCUUGAGAGCUUUUGUGGCUUACCGAUCAGUCCUCCUCACUGCCGUUCUUGGCUUCAUGUCUGUAUUUGGGCCUUCAAUAAACACGUCGUUCACCACUUGAUGCUCAGGCAAGGCCUCCCAUCAGCAUUUCUCUUUUGACCAUGAAUCGCCUCAGUGUGAUCAAUGCACACCUGCGUCCACCCGGAGCCAACACCGCAGACAAUUCCGAAGGUCAGGAGAAACGUAGAAAAACUGUCGCCGCCUCUUCGAAAGACAUAUUAAUCGUUGUCGAUGAAAGGACUGGGAAUGAAUACACUCUAUCCAUACAAAACGACACUGUCCAAGCGAAAGACUUUGGAAAGAUCCGAGUACCCGGUGGCCCAUCGUUGCGCAUCUACGACCCGGGCCAAAUGAACACUUGUGUUUGUAGCUCGCGAAUAACUUACAUUGACGGAGCAAAAGGCAUUCUCAGAUAUCGCGGAUACCCUAUCGAGACAUUGGCAGAGAAAGUAUGUUUUGAAGAAUGUGCUUUUCUGUUAAUGUAUGGAGAGCUUCCCUCUGCUUCCCAACUGGCGUCAUACACCGCAACGCUUAGGAGACUAGCGGACAUUCCCACAGAUUUGAGACGGCUGAUUAAAACCUUUCGACCGGAUGCACAUCCUAUGGGCAUGCUGAUGUCGUGCUUGGCUGCUGCGGGGACCUUAUUUCCAGAAGCCAAUCCCUGUAUCGCCGGUCAAACUGUCUACAAAGAUGUCCUUGUCAGGAACAAGCAUUUACUUAAGGUUCUGGCAAUGAUGCCCGCUAUUGCAGCGAACAUCCAACGGCAUCGGCAAGGGCUACAGCUUGUCAAUCCUGAUCCCAAGCUCGGUUUCACAGCGAGCUUCAUGGCUAUGAUGGACAGACGAGGUGAUAGUGCAUGCUAUUCUCAUCCAGUGCUCGUCAAGGCCUUGGAUAUUUUAUUUAUCCUCCAUGCGGAUCACGAACUGAACUGUAGUACCGCGGCUGCUCGCCAUGUGGCCUCUUCAAAUGCCGACAUCUACACCUCGAUGGCAGCUGCAACUGGAGCGCUCUAUGGGCCACGUCAUGGAGGAGCAAACGAGGCUGUGGUGCGCAUGCUGGAACGCAUUAAAACAAUCGGAGCCGUACCGGAAUUCAUUGCAAUGGUAAAAGAUAGAAAGGAGAAACUCAUGGGUUUCGGGCAUCGAGUUUAUAAAAGCUAUGACCCGAGAGCGAACAUCAUCCGUCAAGUGGCGGAACUAGUUUUCAAAGUCGUCGGAGACUCGCCGCUUAUUGAGGUUGCUCGAGAACUCGAACGCGUGGCCAUGAAGGACCCUUACUUUACUACGCGACGUCUAUACCCAAACGUCGACUUCUACAGCGGCAUUAUUUACAAAGCAAUGGGCUUCCCUAUAGACUUUUUCCCUUUGCUCUUCGCCAUUCCGCGAACAGCUGGCUGGACCGCCCAUUUCAACGAGUUCAUAAACGAUCCGGAGAAUCGUAUUGCAAGGCCCUUCCAGGUGUACUUAGGGCACGGCCUCCGAAGCGAAGUACCUCCCAUCGAAGAACGGCAAGAGCUCGUUACUGAUUCCGCCUUUCAAGUCAAAAUAUCGGCGGAAGAGCGGCGGCAGCUGCUUUCUGUAGCACGGGACACAUCCCCACCACCGAAUGCCUUAACGGCAAACGAAAUCUGAUUUGCGGCGUCGAUGAUUCCGUACCGCAAUCUGACAGUUAGUAACCGUUUGCUCUCUCACAUGCUGGGCCUCACCUGAACUGUCGAAUCACGAACAAUCUACUGGCUAUGCUUGCUUCGAGGCAUGCAGGGCACCCUUCAUAACUCGGUAGCUGAUAGUGACUCUCUUCUGUGAACGCUCCGAGAGCUUGUCCCCGGGAAACUAAAUAGGUUUAUGUUACCGCUAAGGUGUCCAUAACAGCAUUUGUGACGGUCGUGUUUUCAAUGUUUCCGGGCAUGGUACCUACAUAGUGUCCACAGGACAACAUGAGUCGAGCACACGGCUCCUUAUAGUAGCCAGGACAACUUAA